CCAAAACGUUUUCGUGCGCUGCGCUGACAACAUCCUCGCAGGACCAAUAAGCGGACGAUUUAACAGCUCGUGCAAGUUCAAUGUAAAAGCGAAAAUGUAAACAAUACUAACGCACGCGCAACAACAGAAACAACAACAGCAGCUAUAAUAAAACAUACUCUGCCAUAAACUGGAUCUGACUGCCUUCCAGCUGGGAACCGUUGUCGUAUCCCUUCCAGUGAGGCCUGCAGCACACGGCUAGCGACGUUAACAGCGCCACAACAACGUCAGCAGUGCUGUCCUGCUAGUCGUGCUGUGUGCAACACUGGCAAAACUCAGGGAAAUUUUUCCACAAGCACACAUACACACUCACACACACAACACACAAUCACACGCACACACACACGCACACAGCGUUGCUUUACGUUGCCAAAAAAAUAGAAAAGAAACACACAUACCUACACAUGGCCCGGCCAGGAGCCGUCAUCAAAUACGAACGCAACGUGGAAAUGCUGCGGCCAGCGUCAGCGUCAGCGUCAGCAGCAACCGCAGCAAGAGCAGCACCAACAACAACAGCAACUUGCUUGUCUAGUGCGUUGCUGUGCUAAUUGUUAUUUAUGUAUAGUAGUGUAUAUAAAUUUGUGUGAUAUUGCAACAACAAUGCAAAAGCAUAACAGCAAAUAACCGAGAACGAGCGAAGUACAGAAAGUUAGAGGGAGAGAGAGAGAGCGUGCGAGGGAGAUAGAGAAAGCGAACUGUUUUCGACGGUGCAGCGUAAUCAGAAUAAAAGAAAGCGAAAUAAUCCCAAAGAAUAAAGUUUCACCAACCAAAAACAACGACAACUAACGGUUUUGCAACAACAACAACAGGAACAAACAGCAACAGUAACAACACUUAACGGGUCCAAUGUUGCAGCAAACAACAUGCAGCAAACAACAAUGGCAACAGCAUCAAGAAGAAGAAAGAGAACUAGAACAACAAGAACAACCACAGCAGCCACAGCAGCAGCAGCAGCAGCAAGAACAACAGCAAACAGCUAAGGCUUCUAGCUACAGCAACAUAGUGCGCCCUGGCAACAUGGGCUUAAGCAACAUGCUGCCAGCUAGCAAUAGCACCACAACAACGAUAGAUUUCAACAGUCGCCGGCGACGCGGUCGCCUACGGGCCGCCCACAAAUGUUGCCAACAAGUGCCAGCAACAAACACAAAUGUUGCUUAUACAAAACAACAACAAACGAAACAACCAAAACACCAUGCAAAGCUUUUGUUAUCAAUAAUGUGCGCGUACAUUGUCGAUUGUGUAAAUAUUUUAAAACGCUUAGUAUUAUUAACAUUAACAACUACAACUGCAACUAAGAAAAAUAACAACAGCAAUAGGCACGCCCGUGGGCGUGGGCAGCCGCUAUGCUGCCUAAUGCUGCUGCUGCUGUUGCUCUUCUUCUGCAGCGUUCAGGCUCACAAGCCAAAGAGCGUUCACAAGCAACAACAUCAGCCGGCUCACAACAACGAUGUCACGUUUAACAACAUGGCCGACGUGCCGCCCACUUAUCAAGUGAAAUCAUCGCAAACAUCGAACGAGGACGAAGCCGAAAUCCUUUAUCACUCCGCCGAAAUGUUUGGCGAGGAGGAAGAGGACGACCUGUCAGAUGGACGUGAGCCAAGCGGCAGGCAGGUGAACGAGGAUAAUGCGGCCAAUCCACGCGGUAUCAAUGACUCGCUAACCGACAGUUCAAACACCACGAAAACGCCACUAUUUCCAAAGGAUUUAUUCACGAAAGAACAGCUUGAGAACGGCGCUGUCAUCCUGCACAUUAUCGGUGUUAUUUACAUGUUUGUGGCGCUGGCAAUUGUCUGCGAUGAAUUCUUCGUGCCUUCCCUUGAUGUUAUCAUUGAAAAGCUCGGCAUCACGGACGAUGUGGCCGGCGCGACGUUUAUGGCGGCAGGUGGCAGUGCCCCAGAGCUCUUCACGAGUGUCAUUGGCGUUUUCGUGUCGUUCGACGAUGUUGGCAUUGGUACGAUUGUUGGAUCAGCUGUCUUUAACAUACUCUUUGUCAUUGGAAUGUGUGCGCUAUUCUCGCGAACGGUCCUGUCGCUAACCUGGUGGCCACUAUUUCGCGAUUGCUCAUUCUACAGCAUCAGUUUGCUGGUGUUGAUCUACUUUUUUCGCGACAAUCGCAUAUUCUGGUGGGAGGCGCUCAUCCUAUUUACCAUUUACAUUGCCUAUGUGACCUUCAUGAAGUGGAACGUACAGGUGGAGCAUUGCGUCAAGAAGAUGAUUACCAAAAACAAGGUGACUCGCGUCCGAAGUACAGAUCAACUUAUGCCUGCAGGUAAUGCGGCCAACUCAUCGGAAACGUCAAUGGCCACACAGCCGGGCGGUUCGGUGACAUCCCGGGCGGCCAGCGAGACCCGUUCGGGUCCAGCCGGUUCGAGCAAUGCGGGCGCUACAGGUAAUAGCAGUGGUGGGACCGCUGGUAGUACACAAACCGGUGCAAAAUUCCGUCAUGGCCUAUUACAGCUAAUGAUACACACCAUAGAUCCACUACACGAUGAUGAUGUUCCAGGCAAAGUGGACGAGAAGGCAACUCAGCUGCAUGCCAUUGCCUCGCUUAAGGUGCUGCUGGAUGCAACAAAACCGCAACGUGGUGGCGCCACUACCUCGGCGGCCAAUCACGUCAAGAUUAACCUCAAGGAAACAACGUUGGCCGAUCGACCCAAUGGGAAUAUCGAUACGACGCUCGAUUCGCCAUCCUUAAGUGGUCGACGUCCUAGCUGGAUUGAGCAGAGGGUCAAAAUUCAGACACGCAAAUUUAGCAUCAAAGCUCCCGAAAUAAUCGAGGAUGAGCCGGAGCCUUUGAGCAUGGCCUGGCCGGAUACGGCCCGCAAGCGGCUCACGUACGUGCUAGUCGCCCCGCUUCUGGUGCCUAUGUGGCUUACAUUGCCCGAUACCCGGACCCCCCGCGGCAAGCGCUACUUCCCUGUCACCUUUAUAGGCUCCAUCGUGUGGAUAGCCGCCUUCUCCUAUCUUAUGGUCUGGUGGGCAAACGUCGCAGGUGAUACGGCGCGCAUACCGCCAGAGGUUAUGGGCCUUACCUUCCUGGCGGCGGGCACAUCCAUACCGGACUUGAUUACGUCGGUGAUUGUGGCGCGCAAAGGCUUUGGCGAUAUGGCUGUGUCUAGUUCCGUUGGUAGCAACAUAUUCGACGUGACUGUGGGCUUACCAAUACCCUGGCUACUCUAUGGGAUUAUCUACGAUGCACCCGUUGAAGUGAAUUCGGUGGGCAUGGUGUGUUCCAUAACCAUAUUGUUUAUGAUGCUCGUAUUUGUGGUGCUAUCAAUUGCCUGCUUCCGUUGGCGCAUGAACAAGGGGUUGGGCUUUACCAUGUUUCUCCUGUACUUUGUCUUUGUUGCCGUUUCGCUGAUGUUCGAAUAUGAUUUGAUCACCUGUCCCGUAUAAAUCCAUUACGGGGCAGCUCGGCAACUCUGCAACAAAGACAAAAGUGACAAACACCCUCUCACUUCCACUCACACACACACCCACACACACACAGAGACAGAGACACACAUGAACACUCGCAAA